AUGCUGUUCUUAGAGCUACGUAAGAAGUCUAGCAAGAGGCGUGGCUAUCGCAAGAUGCGCCCACCGAAGCCAAAGCGGCUGGUGAUGGCAGCUAAGCAAGCAGCGGCCGCUCAAGAGGAGGCUGACGCAGCUGCAGCUGCAGAAUCAUCAUCAGUAGCCUUCGACAAGCCCAUAACAAGGCGAGAAGAAGAGGAUAAGGACGAGCAGGAGCCAGACCUCCCUACUAAUAAAGAUAAAGGCGAGUCGAUCAAACAUACUAACCGAGAACCAGAAUAUAAGUAUAUCGACGACGACGACGGCGAACACCAAGACAGAGUCAAUCACUGUGGCGUAACUGCACAGUUAAUCUUCCAGUUUAACAAGGUAUGUCCAGAGAUUAUCCCAACUAAUCUCCGCAACUUUCGAGGACUUGGUGGUAUUACUACCUUUGACGGCCAAGACUUCCUUAACCACCUCAAAGAGAGGAAAGCUAUUCCGGAUAUAGCACGUAUGUUAGAGAUUCUCGCAUACAUUAGCAACUUCAAGAAUAGCGACGGAGGUAAUCAAGAUCGCAAUACGUUACCCCCAGACGAUCUUACUACACCUAAAGAGCAUCUUUUGCUCCUGGAGAUAGCAGUGCGAAAGAACGCAUAA